AAUGGAGGAGAAAGAAAAUAAAUAAAUUGGGCUAUAAAAUCAAUUUCCCGCCAAAAAUAUCAAAAAAACUGCAAAGAAAACGAUAAACCAAAAAGAAAACGAUAAACCAAAAAGAAAACGCCAAAAAAACAACACUUAAAUUUACAUAAAAACAAAAUCAAAUCAAAGAAAUCAAAAGAAAACACCAAAAUAGAAAAAAAUUAACAAAAAUAUUAAUUGGGCUAGAAAUUUCGAUUCCCGCCAAAAUAAUGUAGCCCAAAAAAUAGCCCAAUCGCCGGAACCAUGGAGGGGAGACUAAACAAGACUAGAUGAGUUUUGUGGAAUGGUUCUGCGCCCCUCCCAGGCCCCCCCAGCGCCAUGGAGGGGCAGGGUGAGGACGCCCCCCUCCCCUGCAACACCUCCCCUCCUUCCCCUCCCCCCCACAGCCCCUCCCGAGGCCUCCAACACGAAAUAAAAGGGAAAAACACAAGCGCCCCGAUAUCAGUGCAAGAAAAAACGGAGUUGAACUGUGACUCUGCUCCUCUUCCUCCUCCUCCUCCUCUUCCUUCAGGUGUGCAAGAAGAGGUGCCUGUCCUCCUCCCCCAAACCACCACCACCACCUCCACCUCCACCUCCUCCUCCUCCUCAUCAUCCUCCUCUUCCUCAUCCGUGCGAAAGAUGGAAGAAAGAGGAGAGAGAAAUGAAGUUAAUUGUUCUUCUCCUCCUCCUCUUCUUCAGUCCACCACCACCACCACCACCACCAUCACCAUCGCCGCCACCACCACCACCACCGCCGCCACAGCCACCACCGCUCAACACGAUCAGAACGCCAACAUACAAAUCCCUGACACCACCACCACCACCACCCCCCACCACCCCCUCCCCACCACCACUAACUCCACCACCACCACAGAGGACGCUCCUGCAGACACUCACACACCACCCCCAGGCCACGACCCCCCGGAUGACGACCCCCCGCCCCUCUCCGUGACUGCAGUGGGGGGCUGGAUCUCCCUCCCCCUGUGCUCAAUAAAUACAGACGAUGCUAGCCAGGGUUCCGGCAGUCCAUCCUUUUCUGAGCUCUCCCCGAGUGAGAGGGGCGCCACACCAGAUCUUCCCGAGGAGCAAGUCGAGGCGUACCUGGACAGACACCCUCACCUAGUGGAGAAAUGGCUAAGGGAGAGGACGCCCUUUGCGGCCUUCAGGAACAUUCGAGGUGGGCGAAGUCUCCUCUCCACGGACUCAGAGGCACGGGAGAGUCCCACAUCAGGCACACCAACUGAGACACACACUCACCUCGUGGCUAACUAUUCGUAUCCAAGCAGGAGGAACUCUAUCACUUCUUGGCUCUCUCCGAAGGCCAAGGCGAAGAAGCAGGUGGAGCGCUUAACGGAGCCUGAAUUGUUUAUGGAGCUGAUCCGUGACAUUAGUACAGAGCUGGAUAUUGACACUCUCUGCCACAAGAUCCUGGUUAACGUGGGCCAUCUCACCAACGCGGACAGGGCCUCUCUCUUCCUCGCCCAGGGCCCCAGACACAAUCGAAUGCUGGUGGCUAAGCUCUUCGACGUCACGGUGGACACAGUGCUGGAGGAGGCCCUGUCUAACGCCGCCGAGAGGGACAUCCUUCUUCCCUGGGGUGUGGGCAUCGUAGGACAUGUCGCCAACACGAAGGAAGUUAUCAAUGUCAAGGAUGCUUACCAGGACCCCCGUUUUGACGCCAGCGUGGACCGGCGGACAGGGUACCGGACCAUGAGUGUGUUGUGUAUGCCGGUGUGCAACUACGAGGGCGAGGUGGUCGGUGUGGCGGAGAUCAUCAACAAGAAAAACGGCUCGUGUGAGUUUACCGCUAAGGAUGUCGAGGUGUUCCGGCGUUACCUGACAUUCUGCGGCAUCGGUAUCCAGAACGCCCAGCUCUUUGACAUGUCAGUGAGAGAAUACAAAAAAAACCAGCUGCUGCUACAACUGGCUCGAGGCAUCUUUGAGGAGCAGCUGUCCCUCGAUAGACUGAUGACCAAGAUUAUGACGGAGGCGAGAGAGUUGCUGAAGUGUGAGAGGUGCUCCGUGUACCUCCUGGACCAGCAGACUGUACAAGAUAAUGAGCCCAAAUUGAUUGAUGAUCCCACGGACACCUUGGUCAUCAGACAGACAACGGCGCCAUCUCUGGAAGAACUGAUGGAAAUACCGCCAGAGACAAUGACGGUGCACAUGACCUUUGAGCUCAAGUCACGAGAUGGGGAGUGCCAGAUCACCCAGCCCUCCUCCGCUCAGCUCGCCGCCUCCGUGCACGCCAGGCUGGCAAACUAUGUCUCCAGCACCGGCCAGACGGUGAACAUAAACAACGUGAUCCAGUGGUUGGGGGCGCCGUUGGAGGACCAGGGAUUGAUGACGCACAGUGUUCUAACCAUUCCGAUCUUCAACGCCUCUCGGAAGAUUCUGGGCGUCGCGCAGCUCAUCAACAAGGAGAGCGGUCUGCAGUUCUCUGAUUACGACAUAAGCACCUUUGAAGCCUUCGCGAUAUUCUGCGGCCUGGGCAUACAAAACACACAGGCCUACGAAAAAGCGUGUCGGCUGAUGGCGCGGCAACAGGUGGCGCUGGAGUGCUUGAGCUACCACGCUACGGCAGCUCAGGACGACACGGAGAAACUGAAGGCAUCGGAAAUACCCUCGGCAGCGGAAUUUGAUUUGUACAACUUCGAUUUCUGCGACAACGUGCUAUCUGAUGACGAGACGUGUAAGUGUGUUAUUAGAAUGUUCAUGGAUCUUAGCCUUCUCAACACCUACCAUAUCCCGUACGAGGUUUUGUGUCGUUGGCUCUUGAGUGUGAAGAAGAACUAUCGGCCAGUCAAGUAUCACAACUGGAGACACGCUGUUACUGUGGCCCAGACGAUGUUUGCCAUGUUGAAGACUGGCAAGAUGGAACGCUUUAUGACGGAUUUGGAAAUGCUCGGGCUGCUCGUGGCCUGCCUGUGUCACGACCUGGACCACAGAGGGACAAACAACAGCUUCCAGACCAAGACAGAUUCACCGCUGGCUAUCCUCUACUCCACCUCGACCAUGGAACACCACCAUUUCGACCAGUGUGUCAUGAUUCUCUCACAAGACUCAAAUAAUAUCUUCCAGUGUCUCCAACCAGAGGACUACCGGCGCGUCAUGACCCUGGUGGAGAACGCGAUCCUCAGCACUGAUAUGGCCAUGUAUUUCAAGAAGAAGAACACUUUCCUGGAACUCUCAGAUAAUGGAGAGUUUGACUGGCAGAGUGAAGAGAAGAAAAACUUGUUGUGUGGGAUGAUGAUGACAGCCUGUGAUGUGUCAGCUAUCGCCAAGCCGUGGGAGGUGCAGCACAAGACGGCCAAACUCGUAGCUGAUGAGUUCUUUGAGCAGGGCGAUUUGGAGAGACUACAACUUAACGAGCAGCCAGUUGCAAUGAUGGACAGAGAGAAGAAAGAUGAACUACCAAAAAUGCAAGUUGGAUUUAUAGAAGCCAUUUGUCUCCCUCUGUAUAAGGCGCUUUCUGAGUCGUUCCCGUGGGUGAAGCCGUUGUAUGAUGGGUGUGCCAGCAACAUGGACCACUGGAAGACUCUGGCGGAGCAGGUGGACAUGGGCCUCACUUGGAUAGACCACGAAUACAUUGACAAGCCUGUGGAGAGGAACAAUAGAGCUGUUACCAGCAAGAUCACCCUCAACCCCAAACCGUCAGCUGGCUCCACCACCUCCCCCUCACCCCCAAAGACGGAGAGAGAGAAAAGAAGAGGCUGGCUUGGUAUUAACACAUUGAAGGGCGGAACCAAACCGUUUAAAGGGAACAAGAGACGAUCGGUGGAGAAAAGACUAGAUCGCGUUGUCGAUUCCUCGGAACCUAUAACACGGAUGUCCCAGAAGAAGGACGAGCCGGGAGGAGGAGGAGGAGGAGGAGGAGGAGAAGGAGGAAGAAUGUCUGAAUGUCACUCUUGUUCCUCCUCUGCCCCCGUUUCAAGACAGCACUCUCAUGAUGAAACUCUAGGCCGACAGAAGCAGGUGAAGACGUGUGGCAAGCUGAGGGGACGGCUGUGUGUUCUCCUGUGACAAAGCCAAGCCAGGCACUGAGAUCAUUCCUCGUGACUCGUGACUUAUCAUCUUGUUGCUGCUCUGGGCCACUCAGCGAGGACACGGGUGUUUGUUUACAUACAGGCCACUCAUUGGUAUAUAGUGGCCUGUGUUUUUUUUUUCAUAUUUUUUGCUGUGUCUGUGAGAAAAUGUGUUUUGUUGUGGUCUUUUUUAUUUUCUAAGUGUUUUUUUUUUUGUGGGUUUAUAAAUGUGUGAUUUAGAUUGGUGUUUUAAAGUGUAUAGUGUGUGUGUGUGUGUGUGUGUGUGUGUCUGUGUGUGUGUGUGUGAGGGGUCAGUGUUAAUGUUGUUAUUGCUGUUGUUAAUACUACUAGUAAUAAUAAUAAUAAUAAUACCACUCAUAGUUAUAGUACUACAAAGUCAAGCUAAGUUAACUACUUCUACACUUAAAUAAGUAAAAAGGAGAGAGAGGCUGUGUUUAGAAUUUAGGCAUUUACUUACAAUUGUCCUUAGUCGUUACUUAUAGUUGUUUCACAUAAGUAGACGGGUAGAUUACUUGAAUAAACUGUAGAAAACUUUAAAAAAAAAAUAAUAGCUAGUCAGGUUUUGGUGUGAAUAGAAAAAAAAAGAACAGGUUUUAAUGAGGAAAAAAGUGACUGGUGUUUUGAGGAGAGAGAGGAAAACAAGUUGAUUUGAAAGAGAAGAAGAAAAAUGACAAACUGAAUAUUUUAUGAGGAGAAAGUUGAAUUGUGAAUGAAGAGUGAAGAAAAACACGCAUUUUGUGAGAAGAGAAGAGAAAGGAAGGAAGAAAAAACAAGUUGAUUUGGGAAAGAAGAAGGAAAAAUAACAAACUGAUUUUAGAUAUAAGGAAAAUAUA